ACUCAACUAAAUUUCUAAAGAAUGAAACAAUAUAUCCUGCGAAAAACUCGAGCUGUUAGAUUCGAAUGAAUCGCAAGGAAAAUAGAACGAUACAGACGAAUUUUGUUUACCAUAACACAGCUAUGAAUACUGCUAAUUAGAAACAGUCCUUCUAAGGUUCAACCAGUAAAAUGGCCCCUGAGAUUAUGAUCAAUGGGUAGAAGUUGCCGAGAGAGAAGAAAGUUAACUGGUGUGUCUGAAGAAAAAGAGCAAAAAAAGAUACGGGAUAAGAUUUUGAAAGUAUUCCAAGCUCGGUUGUCAUCUCCAGGUCAAGGUGGGGCAUUAUUUGUUGCUGAACCAAGAAAAACUGAUAAACAGAGGCAUACAAAGAAGAGCAGGAGUAAACACUGUGUGGUAUUAGAGAAUACAAGUACAGAUGAUUCUUCUUGUGGGAGUAUGAGUGGGAGGGGAAGAAAAAGGACAAAGUCAGAGUCUUUAUCUAGGAGGAAAUCCAGAAAGUCAACUAAAAAUAAAAAAGAGGUAGAAAAAGAUACAGCUGUUUCAAAGCAUCUGAGAGUUGCACAUGGAAUAACUGGUCAGCAGCAAGCAGGUAUGAAGAAUGAUGUAAGAAGUAAACCAAAGAUGUACUCUCACUCCAGGAUAACACAAAAAGUUGGGUUGAUCAGUACAGGGACUAAAGGCGCAGCAGUCAGUAGAGGUAUAGCAGUACCAGAACAUAUAUCAAAGCAGACAGAGGAAGAGAUAAGGAAGAUGAGUGAGGAAGCUGAAGCUGAUGUACAUAUGACUGGAGAUAUUGAUGCUGCUGAAAAGUUGGUGUUGAGUAGAGUUGGUAUGAGUAGUGCUGCAAAGAAGCCACAGACACCAGCUUCAGUAGAAAUGAGACCCCAGAUCUCUGCAAGUAACAGUUCAGAGUGUAUGAGAGGCAGACAGAGUCCAUAUGGUGUUGAUAAUGGAAACUUUCCUGAGGUGUUGCCUGUGAACAAAACAGUGGCUAGUUUGAUGUCGUCCCUCAAAUAUCAAACAAAGACACUCUACCCAGGAAGAGUCCCUUUACAAAGGCCAAUUAUACUUGCUAAAACAGAGAUUCUGUGGCCUGAUGAGAUUGGGAAUUGGACAAUGGAGGAUCUACAGUACCUUUCUGAGGCAUAUAGUCAUGGUUAUGUUGCUUGCCGAGAUGCCCCAAGAUCUGCAACUCCUACAAGACUGCCUGUGUUCAGCACAAUCACUAGAUCAGGGUCUGUGCGGAGACCCCUGGUGGAAUCUUUCACAAGUGAAGAUUCGGACCAUCAUUCCUCCUGUGAUAACAGAAGGAAUGUAGUUGAAGUAGUGGAUAGAGGCAUAAAAGGUGAACACAAACUAAACUUGCACAAUGAGCAUGCAUAUUCAUUUAAUGACCACAUCUCUUUAGUGCCAAAGAUAAACUUUACAGACAUUAACCCAUUUCAAGCUUUAAAUGGGGAAAGUGGAAUACCAGAAAAUAGGAAUUUACCUUCCGGGGGUCUUAGUAGCAUCAAAAGAACUAGAGAUCGGCCAUACAGAAAGAUUGACCAUAACAAUGUGCAGAAAGAAAAUGAAAAACCUGAAGAAAUUGAAAGUUUACACCAUUUGUAUAACAAUUCCAGACUACUGGAACAUAGAAGAAAAAAAGUUCAGAAUGAGAUUAGAACAUAUAUUGAUGCGCAGAAACGUGAUCGUAACCAUGACAUACAUAAUGGUGAUCUAGGGAUUAAAGAUAAGUUUAGUGAUUUAAAUCACUUCUUUGCUAGAAGGAAAUUGGAAGAGGAGGAAUAUUUCUUCUUCACUGGAAAUGGACAACAUGUUUCCAAAAUGCCCAAAUCUCCUCUGCUAAAAGCUCAGGAAAAGCUGAUAAUGCCAGUAUCUCCUGUGCUGAGUUGGGAGGCUACAAGUCUGUUACAGGCCAAUGAAGAGAGUAGUUGUAACAGGGAGAUAUUUGAACCAAUGGACAUAGAUACAAAAGGAGCAGAAGCAGUGAAUCUGCUGCAGCAGAAUGAUCUAAUAAAGGACAGAUCUGUGCAACAGACAUAUGUUCAUCCUGAUGGACAGGAAACAGAUUAUGACACAACUUUAGACUGGUUUAACAGACAGAGUAGAAGCAACAGUCAGUGUUCACAUUGUUCUCAAGGUUCUGCAGACACUAUCUCCCAUGUUCAGGUAAUAUUUCCUCUUUACACGACUACAUUUACCAACACCAAUUAAUAGAUCAAUAAUCUC